UUUUUUUUGGGGAGCAGCAGCACUAGUCGUGUCCAGAAAAGGAGGAUUAGAUUCAGUACAGGUACAUCAAACCGUACCUUGUAUAUUCCCCUCUUCGAGUUGUCUGUCAAACGGGACACUUGCUUGUCCAUCACACUCACACAAUGUCGUCAGAAAACCUCAACUCGGACACUCAGGUGGACAACGAGGACGAAAAACAGGACUCCCAAGAGAAGAAUGCAAACCCGGUGAAGGCAGAGGAGGCCAAGCUGAAGGCCAAGUACCCCGGCAUGGGCCAGAAGCCCGGGGGCUCAGACUUCCUGAUGAAGAGACUACAGAAAGGGCAAAAGUACUUUGACUCAGGCGACUACAACAUGGCCAAGGCAAAUAUGAAAAAGCUUCCCGUGGCAGGACCCGACAAGAACCUGGUGACCGGCGACCACAUUCCCACGCCGCAGGACCUGCCGCCGAGGAAGUCCUCCUUGGUGACCAGCAAGCUAGCCGGCUAGCCCCCAUCACCCUAAAAGCACCUUAACCCCCGCCUCCUGGGGCCCCCAUCGAAAUGUCCCUCCUCCUCCAUCUAUGUCCUUCCCCUCCCCUCUCUUCCCCCUUUUCAUCCCCAGGCACCACUGGCUUUAACGUGUCGGGCAGAGUCGUAUAAGUUAAAAAAAACUCCAUUUGCUUGUAUGUGGGAGGGAGCCUUCUCUGCCUUCCCACAAUGCACUACUCUGCCCCUCCGACCCCCUUCCCCUCUCAUGUCUUGGUUUUCGUUUCGCUCCAAGAUGCAUCUCAGUGGGUGUGUCGUCAGGCAGGGGUUGGACGGGGUGAGUUAUAACGCACUUUGUAGUCUGUAUAGUAUGCUUUUGUUUAGUUUUCGCAUCCUAAAGGACACCAAAAUAAUGUGUAAGGGAGUUAGGAACCAGGAUUCUUUGGUUCUUCAUGUUCAAUAAUGGCUUGCAUACCAAAUCUGAGUUCUUUAGACACCAUAUUGGGAAAUGGGGGGGCAUGAACGGCGGCCUUCCUUCGGCCACCUUUCGUGGAACAAAAAUCGUGCUCAGCCAAAGCGCCACUUUACUUUCUCUCUCUCUGCUCAUGUUGCGUUCCUUCUUGACUCCCUUUUCUCCUGUUCAAUCUAAAUAUGCUGCAUGAUUGUAACAUGUAAGAAAAAAAGAAAUGUAACAUGUUUUUUUAACGGGACUGUGGCUUUCGCUUAGUAAUAGGAAGUAUCAAAACAAACACACAGAGCCCUUAGACACACUCCACACUUCCUUCCUUCCUUCCUUCCUUCCUUUCCUUUCCUUAUUGCUGUCCCGACAAUCCAUGAGCUCCUGUAAUCGGCCCAGGCCAGCUGAGUAUGUCCUUGUAUUAUUUUUAAUGGCGGGGAACCAUGCCAGUCUGAGUUCAGUCUCACUUUGGCUCAAGACGUGUGUUUGCCAUGAGCCUAAAAGAUUUGCGGGGGUAUCGAAGCACCCCGCGUAGAGUAUAUGCUUCUGUAAAUAAUACUGACUCAAGCACGUAAUGCGAGUAAGCUCUCUGAGGACUGAGAUAGAUGUAGUGCUGAAUCCACUCGCUUGCAUCCUGGGAUUUCUGCCUUUGGUAAUUCUAUACUUUACCAACAGAGCCAAAUUUCACACUGCAGCUAUCAGUCUCAUCUAUCUAUUAAAUGUGGCCUGUUAGCACCCAUCAUCUGGUUCACAUUGUGAGGUGGCGAGGCUCACUUUGGUUUCAACUCUCAUGAACUCACGUAGAGUGACGUAAACACGAUCCAGACAACUUACUUACUUGUCAUCUUUAAAAAGCAGAUUUAACAAUCACUUUGUUAGCAUUUCAGUUCAUAUUGUGACUUAACUGCUGUAUCAGAUUAUAAAAAGUCCCAGAACUAUCCUUCAUAGAUGUCCUGCACUGUGCAGUGAAAGUUGUUUUCAGACAUUUAGUAAAUGAUUCGAGAUGCUUUUUAAAUCUCACACAGGACUUUCAUGUAUCGCCUUUUUGUUGGAGAUGGUUUUCUCCAUGUUUUUCACUUUAUAUCACAAUCACAGGAAGUGGUAACCAUCUCUGGCAAGUCACAUUGUAAGACACUAACUUCAGUGAAAUAAUAUUCCUACUCUGCUUCCCUUAAACGUUAGUUGGAGUAUAAGCUGCUUCUGUAGAACAAAGUGUUUUUGUUUCAAACUGAGUCACUACACUGACUGAUCUUUGAUCUCAGGAGGGUAGCAGCAGGAAACCUGCUCACAACAGGUGUCGGAUCCCCAGAUUGUCACCACGGGCUUAAAGUGGGACACUGCAUGCCUGUAGGAUGCACUCACCCCAGCACUUGGCAAGGCAGAGAGAGAUUUGAUAACCCACUGCGCUCCUAUCCCACCUGUUAAUGUGGUGCAUCCUCUGAGCGAGCAUCAGCAAGCCUGCAGACUGAAAGCAUGCCGUGCACACGUUGAAGAACUGGACGCUCUCUGAGAACCAGCCUCCUGUAAAACACUGCUUCAGGGAACCUUCACAAACACUCUCCACCAUGUAGGCUAGGUGACAGGGCGCAUGCACCAUCACAUCCUCAACCUCUUUUUCUUCGAGAAUAAUGUGUCAAAUGUGCAGUGGGCGAAAGAGAACUGACCUGUACGUGUGUGCUCGUGAUGGUGUCGUAUGAAUGCACUGCUUGUCUCUGUUCCAUCUAUUGUAAAUAGACUUCAACAGGAAGGGAUUUCUGUGUUGUUUCCCAACUGCUUUUCACUCUUUCAUAGCCUGAGCUAUUUUCUGAUUCAAUGGUUCCUCUCUCCUUUCAGUUUAACACUACUUCUGCUCGAUCUUAGUGAAACGCAGAGGCUAUGUGAAUCUGUAUCUUAUGAAAAUAUGUGUAAAUGCUGCUGAUUCAGUCAAAGACAAAUCUAAGAGAUGACCCUGUACAAGAACACCUGUCCUCUUGAUUUGACCAGUUCCCCCAAGGAUCCUUGUUUAAAGUCAAAUAAUUUGAGAUGUAAAUUCAACCCUACAUCUUUAAAGGUACAUUGCCGAACUCUAUCCAGCUUUUGAUCCAGAAAGUUCUGGAAAAGCUUUGUGUCACAGACCAUUAAGCAUCAUACUGUGUUAAAAAGACUAAAGUUUUGUGCUUUAAAAGUUAAGAUUGGUAAAGAAAAUGGGUGUUUAAGCUUUUACAUGUUCUAUUAAACGGCAACGGACAGGAAUUCUUGAAUGCUACUUGAUGUUUGGCUUUGGCACAGAGCGGUUCAACGAGAGGGAAUAGCAGGGUAUGUUUCAAACACAAAGGGUGUCUCUCGUUCAGCUAUAUAAAAACGUGCCAGAAUGUAAAAAGAAAUGACAGGCUGUGUGCUCUGAAGUACUUUUGUGCUGCUUUUACCUUAUCGGUUUUCUUGUUGUUUUUAUUUGCAAUGAUUUGUUUAAGUUUCUUGUGUUCUCUUACUUACCACAAUUAGUAUAUUUCAUCCCUAGCCCAAUAUUACUGCAGGGAAAUCAGAGGCACACCUUUGCUUCCAAGGAAAAAUACAAAUAAGGGUUUACAUGUUAAAAAGGAUGACUGGAGAACACGGGAAUGAUUUAAAGACUUCAGAAAGUACACGAGUACUUGGAAUGUUUCAGUUGUUUGGGAGUAGGUGAGAGGAUUUUUGUCAGUAUUUGAAAUAAACUUUUACAUUAAUACGA